AAUCUUCUAAAAGCCCCCCACCCCGCUCUCGCAUCUAUAUAACAAAAAAAUUAAAUAUUGAUAGCCCCAACGCCAGCAACAAUGUCCUCGCCAGAAGGAGAGUUCCCAGACGUGAGAGCAUCAGAGCUCGCCACAAAAUCACUUGAGUACUUGCAAUCCGGUCAACAAGAUGAUGCUGUUCGAUCCCUCCGUGGCGCUCUAUCCCUUGCCCCGAAAAACGAAGCUGUCCUCGCUGCCUUCCACAGCUUCCAGAAGGACCAGGCUGUUUGCCCCUUGUCAAAGCUUUGUCAGAAAUUGGUUGUCGAGAAUGAUGUGGCUGCUGGCGAGAAUGCACUACGUCUACUCAGGGACCCAAGCUCGAAUUUUCAUACCACGACUGCCACGGAAUGUAUCGAGCUGUUAUUAGCGCACGCGAAAAAUAUCCCUUUGCCCAUCGGUGGGAAAGUUCUGAGUGAGAUAUUGCGUGCUAGCAGAAGUGGGAGAGAACACAUGGCGGAUUCUAUUGGUGAAAAUGCAAAGGAGAUGCUUGAGACACUUGCAGAAAUCGGAGGAGAGGCUAUUGAUGGGUUGGUGGUGACUUUACUCGAUCCUGCUGCGUGGGAAUCGGAAGCGAAGAAGAAAAGGUCAAUAAGGGAUUGUUUCAAGUUGUUUUUGGAAACACUCAAUACUGGAUCUGGUGAGAUCGAGGCGUGGUCUACUCGUUCUAUUGCUAGGCUUCUGGCUACACAUGCCACGGAGCUUCACACGUUUAUUGGCCAGGCCUCUUUGGAGCGAAUCCUUUCCAUGCUGGACAUUCGAUCUCCCGACGACUUGCGUUCCCAUGCUACACUUGCCACUGCUAGAUUUGUUGAAACAGAUGAGAGCACUGCAGGCAGUAUGUUGGGCAAAUUCAUUUCCUCGCGACUGGCUGCCAACUCGGAUGACGAUCUUCAAAUUGCGUUUUCUGCUACUGCCGCUAUUUUCCCGCUCGUACCGGGGGUUGCCGCGGGUUUGCUCUUGACUGAGGGGUUUGUGGAGGGACUUGCACCAUCGCUUCAGGGACGGUCUUCGGACGUUGAGCGGGCGGUUUUGGAGAUGAUGAGUGCUGCUUGUGUCGAUAAGGCCUCUCGUGCUGCGAUUUCUAUACACUGUGAGGCGUAUCUUGAAGCUAUUAUUCGGGGUGAUGAAAGCUUCAAAGGCGUCGCAUCUACCAUUUUGGCAAAAGUUCGCUAUGGGAGCGGAGAUCCAGGAGUUGCGCCGAAAGGCAUCGGCGAGCUUGCUGCCGUAUUCCGGGAGAUGAUGAUUAAGGACGAUGUUGGAUCAAGGGAUUCGGCUAUGGAAGGACUGGCCUAUGCUACCCUGAAGCCAUCUGUCAAGGAGUCACUGGUAAAGGAUAAAGAAUUUUUACAAAGGUUUUUGGAGACUCUUAAAGAUUCAGUCGGGAAGUCAACUGUCAUGUACGGAGGCCUCACAGUAGUAGCCAACCUUACGGGCUAUUUGCCAUCAUUAUCGGAGGAACAGAAAAGGGUCGCUCAACUAAGGAAUUACGCAAAUUCCAUGCCACAAGCCAAACCCGAACCUGACCCAGCGGAUAAAGAUGAAAAGGUUACGAUGAGAUGCAAAGUCCUUUUGGAGGGAGGGGUCGUCCCUGCCUUGGUAGCUUGCAGUAAGAGGGUGUCCCCCAGUGCUGUCGCCAUUAUCUCUAGUAUAUUUCUGUCACUUUCAAAGAAUCAGAAGCAUCGGGGGCCAGUGGCUCAGCAAGGCGGUGUUAGGUUACUAUUGCAGUUUUACGCAUCGGUCACCGGUAACUCCGAGCAGGAUCGGAAGGUUAAAUUGUCGUCGUCUCACGCAUUAGCCCGAGUCUUAGUCUCCACAAAUCCAUCCCAUGUUUUCGGGUCGCAGCUGCCUGUCGCUUCAGCCGUGAGGCCACUUUUAGCCCUACUCGAAACCAACGAAGAACAAAACGAUCUGUUACCUGUUUUUGAAUCCCUUCUCGCUCUCACUAAUCUCGCUUCGACCGAUGAUUCAACCCGGGACUUGAUUAUCCGCGUUGGGUGGUCCAAAAUUGAGGAAACGUUGCUUUCAAACAACAUCAUGGUUCAAAGAGCUACAAUGGAACUGCUAUGCAACCUCAUGGCUUCCCCCUCAGGAGUUGCCAAGUUUGCUGAUGGAUCCAAAACUGCGAGUAACCGACUCCACGUGCUGCUUGCACUUGCAGACGCAGAAGACUUGGCGACUCGGAGAGCUGCAGGUGGGGCAUUGGCUAUGCUGACAGAAUGGGACAAGGCCUGUGAGGCUAUUGUGAGGAGGGAGAAAGGUCUGGACAUCCUCCUUGGGAUGGCUAUCGAGGAAAACGAAGAAAUGAGGCACAGAGGUGUUGUUUGUGUUAGGAACUUGGUCUGUCAAAAGCUAGAAUAUGCAGAAAGAUUCCGGAGAAAGGGUGCGAUCGAUUUGAUCAGGGACUCCCUUCGUGGGGCUCGAAACCCCGAGGUCCUACAAGUUGGCGUGGAAGCAUUGAAGGCACUUAUGGAAGGAUAA